AUGAUCACUGAGUUCGAUUGUUACGAGGCUCUGGGGAUAGGAUGGUCGCAACGAGCAUAUGAGAUAGUCUUACUUGAUACCGAUACGGUCCGAGACUUGUACACUGUAGAGGCGUCUAACUAUCGCACUCAACGAGAGAAGAAUCUUGAAUGCAUCAUCGAAGGUCUCGGUAGCGGCAGUGCCAAAGCUCAAGGUCUGCGCGUCGCCAUCACAACUCCCUUGCAUCUACGAACGACUGAUUGCCGAGUAUACCUUUACCUGGAGAAGCAUGCCGCUCUCGGCUUGCUCAAGGUUGGUCCGAAGCGACUCUUUGUGGCCAACGAAGACUCGCCGUUAAUCGAGAUCACCCCUCUGUGUGUGUUGGAUUUCUAUGUCGACGAGAGUCGUCAGCGGUGCGGUAUCGGCCUCGCCUUGUUCGAGGGAAUGCUCACUCAUGAGAAAGUCGAGCCAAGAGAUAUUGCAUACGACAGGCCCUCUCCGAAGCUCCUCAACUUCUUGGGUAAACACUACGGGCUCUACAAGUACACUCCCCAAGCCAAUAACUUCGUCGUCUUCACCGAGUGA